ACGUUGAGGCGCCAUGAUGGACGUCAGGGUCACGAGAAACUGGCUUUUAUUUCCCGAGUUGCUCUUGCCUUCAUAGCCAAAGCUUCUAUUUGAUCAAGUUGAGCUAACUUGUCUAGCCAGCUUGUAGCUAACUUGUCUAGCUAGCUUGUAGCUAGCUUAGAAACCGACCCAAAACUGCUGUCGUCAUCAAAUUGACGUCUUUCCCUGAAUUCACUCCACAUGACUCCUUAUGCCACAAACAGUGUUUCCAGAUGCUAACUGGUUUUCUGUGUACAUGCUAGGCUACAUGAUGGGAUCGCCUCACAGCAGCAGCCAUGUUGUCCUGAAGCGGAGGGGUCGACACAAACAGGACACUCUGACCCAACCGGACCAUUCAAAGUCGGUUCUGGUGUCCAGAAAUGAGACAGGGUUCUGGAGCCGUCCUCGCUGUGGAGUCCCAGACUACUCCAGAGUAACACCAGUAACACCAGUAACACUGCCCAACGGGUCAAAGCUCCUGAAGAGGAGCAGAAAGGAACGCGGCAAAAGAUUUGCUCUGUUUGGAGGACGCUGGGACAAAAGCGACCUCACCUACCGGAUCGUUCGUUUUCCCUGGCAGAUGAGUGAAGACAAAGUUCGGCGCAUCCUGGAGGAGGCCUUUGGGGUUUGGGGUGCGGUCACUCCUCUGACCUUCAGAGAGGUCAUCAGCGAGCGAGCGGACAUCAUCAUUGACUUCAACAGGUACCGGCAUGGUGACGACCUCCCGUUCGACGGUCCCGGAGGAAUUCUGGCCCACGCUUUUUUCCCUCGCACACUGAAAGAAGGAGAAGUCCACUUUGACUACGACGAACACUGGACGGUCGGCAACGGCGUCGGUACCGACCUGCUGCAGGUGGCAGCCCAUGAGUUCGGCCAUGUUCUGGGCCUGCAGCACUCUCUGGAGCCCGAUGCGGUCAUGUGUCCCUUCUACAGCGACUCCUACCCUCUGAAGCUCAGUGAGGACGAUAAGAAGGGCAUCCAGUAUCUAUACGGAGCGCCGCGGUACACGCCUGACGUAACCGAGACCAACGAGAUCGAACCUGAACUGCCGGACGCCUGCAGGACAAGCUUUGAUGCCGUGUCCAUGAUCAGGGGAGAGCUCUUCUUCUUCAGGUCUCAAUAUGUUUGGCGAAUCCGUGACCGGCGUCUGCAAGGCGGCUACCCGGCCUUGUCUUCGCGCCACUGGAGCGGUAUUCCUGACUACAUCGACGCAGCUUAUGAAGACAAGUCUGGGAACAUCUGGUUCUUCCAAGGCAACAACUACUGGGUGUUUGACGCUGGGCGGAGGAUUUCUGGGCCGGACUCCCUGCAGCGGCUCGGCCUUCCUGUCACCGACAUCCAGGCGGCUCUGCGGUGGGAGGACGGCGGCUCGGAGAAGGUCUACCUCUUCAAGUCUUCGUUCUACUGGUCCUUCAGCGUCCAGGAGAACCGCGUCGGUGACCUCCAUCCGCGCAGCACGCACGAGUGGGCGGGACUUCCUGGACACGUCGACGCCGCCUUUCUGGACAGCUACGGUUACGCCAACUUCCUGAGCGGGCUGUACUACUGGAAGUUGGACCCGGUGGCGCUGAAGGUGCUGGACGGAUACCCGCGCAGAAUCGGGACGGAUUUCUUCGGCUGCUCCGAAUCUGCAUAAAUACAUAAACUAAUCUGUAAACUGAGAAUAAUCUGCUGAGAUAUUGUCUUUUCAUUAGGAUGUAAACUCCUCACCUCCGGUAAAACAGGAAUCAGUCCCUCCCAGCUGCAGCCGGGUCCGGUUCUGAUCCGGUCCAGUUGUCCUGGUGCGAGGAGCCACAAUGGUCGCUAAGUUUGAUUAUUAAAGGUGCUAUUUCAGGUCAGACCUCAGGCCCGGCAGAUGGUAGAGCUACAGACCUAGAUCAGUUCUCACUCCUUCCCUCACAUCUAGGCUUGAUGUUCCUCCAGCUUUCACAGGAAGUUAAUUGUUUGUUUUCAUAUUUAAAGUGUCUGAUCAGUGCAGGACGCUGAUGAUUCCUCUGACCAGUAAAACAUACUGGUGCUAAACCAGUUCUGGUGACUUUACUGCUUUAAACUGUAACAGAAAAACAUGAACUGGUCAAAACAAGAACACCAAUCAGACCGAGGAUGUUUCCCUCCUGAUGGUCCGGUCGACCCGGUUCUACUGGAACCAGAAUAUCUGCCGAACAGUCAAACCAACCUGUUCCCCUCCUGGCCUGUGGGGGCGCUGCACCAACAACCACUGAAGGAAACCACACAAAAUGAUGGAGUUUUUGACAGAGUGGACGGACCUGCAGGUGGGAAACAUCCUCACUGCGUUUUAAAACCACGUGGUUCUCUCAGGGGUCCAAUGUGUGGCGCCGGGGCCAUCUGUGGCCCUUAGAGAGAUACUGUCUGGACUUUGGACCAGAAUUCAGGUCCAGACGGUUGAAGCAGAUUAGCACGGCCUUUAGAAAAUAUACAAACAAAUUAAAUCUAAAAUGUAAAGCAAAGUUUCCUCUGUUUUGUUUUUAGUUUCCAUCUGAAGUUACCUAAAUUCAAAAAAUAAAAACAUUGACUUCAACAACUAGGAUAUUUUGAGGCCAAUCAGAUUUUAUUUAAAGGCAUCAGAGUCAGAAUUUUAACUCGAUUUAUGAGAAAUUAAAAUAAUUUUCUUUGGUUCAGUUUUGCUCCACUUUGUGUUUUUCUGCCACAUCAAAUUUUAUUAAAACACAUGAAAAUCCUGAUGUGAUGAGAUGUGGGAAAGAUCUACAACUCAUGUAGAUCUAUAGAGCUAUAGAUCUUUCUGAAAGAGACAAAAUAAUACAUUUAAAGCUGAAAAUUUUAAACAAUCUCAUCAAAUUGAAAAUGUUUUGACUUUUCAAAAUGAAUCAUUUCACACAUCAGGAUUAAUCAGAUCGGUUCUGAUCAGGUUCUGAUCGGGUUCUAUGAUGUUUCAACAUGUUUCUCUUUAUAUUUGUUUUAUUGUUUUGUUUUUUAAAUAAAAAAUGAUAA